AUGUGGAAAACCUCGCGGCUUCCAAUCCCCGAUCAUCGAUUUGACGAUAACAAUGUGUACAUUUCGUCCAGGAACCACGAACGUAUUACCAACGAAGCUAAGGCCUUACGUAUAGUAUUUGAAAAGACGCAGAUUCCUGUACCAAAGCUCCUUUGCCACGGCUCCCUUCCGGAUGGUCGGCGAUACCUUGUCACUGAGUUAAUCAAAGGUGUGCUCCUGGACGAGUUUCCACUCCGAGACUGCUCAAAGCCUGGAGAGCAGCGGCAUAUUGCCGAGGAAUCACCUUGUGCAAAAUGCCCAGAGGAGGCCUAUUCGAAUGCUACCAACUUUAUCAAGGACACCGUCCUGCCCCAAUUAAGCAACCUAAAGUCUCAAGCUCGUGGUAUUGACGGGUUCGUUAUGCCUCCUUCCUGGCUAAACCCGGAUAUUCAGCCGCCCUGGAAGGGCAAAACGACGUGGGAAUUUGUCCCUAUCCAGACAAACGCGUAUAUAUUCCAGCACGGCGAUCUGGCGGCCCACAAUAUCUUCAUGGAUCCGCAGUCUUUGCAACCAAUAGCGUUGAUUGAUUGGGAGUUUGCAGGCUUCUACCCAGUGGGCAUGGAAAGGUGGUCAGGAUCGUUAAAACUAGACCGCAAGCGCAGUUGUGGUCUAGCUGAUCCCAUAGCAAAGUUCCUCCCUGAUAAUUACUUGCAGUGCUACGACAGAUGGGAAAACAAGGCAAAAUUAGAUGUCCUGGUUGAGCAGGGUGAACUUUCGAAUCCACACCGACUUAGGUUUAACAAGAAAUGA